GCCCUCUAAUUAGACUCCCACCAACACCAACAUAUUCACAAAGUGGUUUCCUUUUCUUCUCUUUUCCUGAUCGAUCACCGAUUUCCAUUUGCUUUUUGGGUUUUCUUCGUCCGAUCGUUUCUGGGUCUUGAAUUCUUUUUAAGGUUUAUAUACAGAAAGACAAUCAAAAAUGGCUUCUUAUGGAGGAACUACACAGAAGUGUAAGGCUUGUGAGAAGACUGUUUACUUGGUGGAUGAACUCACAGUUGACAAUAGAGUUUAUCAUAGGGCUUGUUUCAGAUGCCACCAUUGCAAGGGGACUCUCAAGUUGAGUAAUUACAGCUCCUUUGAAGGAGUUUUAUACUGUCAACCUCACUUCAAUCAACUCUUCAAAAUGACCGGCAGUUUGGAUAAGAGCUUUGAAGGUACCCCCAAAACCGCUAGAGCUGAUAGAUCCGAUCAGGGCCAAUCUAACAGCAGAGUAUCAAGUAUGUUUGGUGGAACACAAGAUAAAUGUGUAACGUGCAAGAAAACCGUCUACCCAAUUGAAAAGGUGGGUGUCGAUGGAAAUGCAUACCACAGGGCCUGUUUCAAAUGCAGCUUCGGAGGGUGUGUCAUAAGUCCGUCGAACUACGUGGCUCACGAGCAUCAGCUUUACUGUAAGCACCAUCAUGCGCAGCUCUUCAUGGCAAAGGGAAAUUUCAGCCAAUUCGACAAGCAACAUCAACAAGAUGUAUCCAAUGGGGUGACUGAGAACACAACAGAAGUUUGAUGACCUGAGAUCAGAUUCAACAUGGAAUUUCUGGAGAGAAAAAAAGCUUCGGGCUUUUCGUGUAACACAGAAUCUUGAAAGAUGCUGAGCUGAGUUUCGGAGAUCGCCUUUUCUUACAUAUGUUGUUCAAAGAAAGAUUGUUACAAACGUUUUGACUGCGUGUGUGUUGCUUGAAUAACUUGUUUCGGAAUAAGUAUGUGUUUUUGGUGUUGUAACGUCUUGUAUAAACGAUCGAGAAUGUGUGGUUCUUGUGAUUAUUUGAGGCUUUGGAGUGGUUUUUGA